UUUUUUCUUCUGACGUCACAAACAUGCGCAGUUCGUCGCAGCCGUCAUUCAUUAUAAAGCCGCAAGUUCCUCCGUCUCUUUCCACCUUCAGCCAUUUUGACCAUGUUAGGAGCCGUAGGACGCUGCUGCACCGGGGCUCUGCAGGCUCUCAAGCCUGGGGCCCAGCCCCUGAAGGCUCUCGUUGGAUCCCCGGCCGUCCUCUCACGCAGAGACUAUGUCGCUCCUGCAGCCGCAGCCAGCGUCGCCACCGGCCGCAUCGUGGCUGUCAUCGGUGCUGUCGUCGACGUCCAGUUCGAUGAGGGGCUCCCUCCCAUCCUCAACGCCCUGGAGGUCAGCGGCCGUGAGUCCAGGCUCGUCCUGGAGGUGGCUCAGCAUCUUGGGGAGAGCACAGUGCGCACCAUUGCUAUGGAUGGUACCGAAGGUCUGGUCCGUGGACAGCAGGUCCUGGACACCGGAGCCCCCAUCAGAAUCCCAGUGGGACCCGAGACCCUGGGCAGGAUCAUGAAUGUCAUCGGGGAGCCCAUCGACGAGAGAGGUCCCAUCUCCACCAAGCAGACCGCACCUAUCCACGCUGAGGCCCCAGAAUUCACCGACAUGAGUGUGGAGCAGGAGAUCUUGGUCACUGGCAUUAAGGUUGUGGACCUGCUGGCCCCCUACGCUAAGGGAGGAAAGAUUGGUCUGUUCGGCGGUGCCGGUGUGGGCAAGACCGUGUUGAUCAUGGAGCUGAUUAACAACGUGGCCAAGGCCCACGGUGGUUACUCCGUGUUCGCCGGUGUCGGAGAGCGAACCCGCGAGGGAAAUGAUUUGUACCAUGAAAUGAUUGAGUCUGGUGUCAUCAACCUGAAGGACACCACCUCAAAGGUGGCGCUGGUGUACGGACAGAUGAACGAGCCCCCUGGUGCCCGUGCCAGAGUUGCUCUGACUGGACUGACCGUGGCCGAGUAUUUCCGUGACCAGGAGGGUCAGGAUGUGCUGCUCUUCAUCGACAACAUCUUCCGCUUCACACAGGCUGGAUCUGAGGUGUCUGCCCUGCUGGGUCGUAUCCCCUCAGCUGUGGGUUACCAGCCCACUCUGGCCACUGACAUGGGAACCAUGCAGGAGAGGAUCACCACCACCAAGAAGGGUUCCAUCACAUCAGUGCAGGCCAUCUAUGUGCCCGCUGACGAUUUGACUGACCCCGCCCCUGCCACCACCUUCGCUCACUUGGACGCCACCACUGUGUUGUCCCGUGCCAUCGCUGAGCUGGGCAUCUACCCUGCCGUCGACCCCUUGGACUCAACCUCCCGUAUCAUGGACCCCAACAUCGUCGGCUCUGAGCAUUACGACAUUGCCCGUGGCGUGCAGAAGAUCCUUCAGGACUACAAAUCCCUGCAGGAUAUCAUUGCCAUCCUGGGUAUGGAUGAGUUGUCUGAGGAGGACAAGCUGACCGUGGCUCGUGCCCGCAAGAUCCAGCGUUUCCUGUCACAGCCCUUCCAGGUGGCCGAGGUCUUCACUGGCCACUUGGGCAAGCUGGUGCCCCUCAAGGAAACCAUCAAGGGCUUCAAGAGCAUUCUUGAUGGCGAGUACGAUGCUCUGCCUGAGCAGGCCUUCUACAUGGUCGGCCCCAUCGAAGAAGUUGUUCAGAAGGCUGAGAAGCUGGCCGAGGAGCACUCGUAAACAUCUGAACAAACUGUCGUAGGGAGAAGAGAAAAUCAGAGGAGGGAGGGUCCUGCAGUUAGGAGCACUUGGUUUGUAAAACAUGUCAAAAUAUACCUGUCUUUGUCAUCCUGAAAGAAAGUUCUAUUUAAUGUUUCCAAUGAAAGAUGGAAUAAAAUACUGUCUUUACACAAAACAGCUCGUCAACUGCAUAUUUCCAAUUGGUCUGACUUUAGCGGAGAUGCUUGUUCCUCGUGGGGUUUCAUUAAAACUGGCUGUUCUCAUCUGCUCGAGCAGGAGAUGGUAUUCCUGAGCCGUGUUGACUGUCUGAACUGUUGUCACAACCUGAAAUAAAACAGUGGACAAACAUU